AGUUACCGGGGCCGCAGAGACCUGCCUCUUCUCGACUUGAGGCGAUGGGAAGAGAGAGUUAUCCGCCAACCGCAGGGAAUGACGCGGGUGCCCCUACAGCCCCGGCUCCGGGCGGGGAGGGUGAGCCCCACAGCCGGCACCAAGACGCCCGCCUGGGCAGCACCGAUAAGGAGCUGAAGGCAGGAGCCGCCGCCGCGGACAGCGCCCCACAGCGGGGGCCACGGGUCGAGGUUAUGGAUGCAGCGGGCGGCUCCCGGAACCCGCUCCCAAGGCCCUGCCGAGUGCUGGUGCUGUUAAAUCCGCGCGGGGGCAAGGGCAAAGCCCUGCAGCUCUUCCGGAGCCACGUGCAGCCCCUGCUGGCCCAGGCCGAUGUCUCCUUCACGCUGACGCUCACUGAGCGGCCGAACCACGCCCGGGAGCUGGUGCGGGCGGAGGACCUGAGACGUUGGGACGCGCUGGUGGUCAUGUCUGGAGAUGGGUUGAUGCAUGAGGUGGUGAACGGGCUCAUGGAGCGGCCUGACUGGGAGACCGCCAUCCAGAAGCCCCUGUGUAGCCUCCCAGCCGGCUCUGGCAAUGCACUGGCCGCUUCCGUGAACCAUUAUGCCGGCUACGAGCAGGUGACCAACGAAGACCUCCUGACCAACUGCACACGGCUGCUGUGCCGCCGGCUGCUGGCGCCCAUGGAUCUGCUGUCCCUGCAGACGGCCUCCGGGCAGCGCCUCUUCUCCGUGCUCAGCCUGGCCUGGGGUUUCAUCGCUGACGUGGACCUGGAGAGUGAGAAGUUUCGGCGCCUGGGUGAGAUGCGCUUCACUCUGGGCACCUUCCUGCGCCUGGCGGCCCUGCGCACCUACCAGGGCUCCCUGGCCUACCUCCCUGUAGGAACGGUGGUCUCCAAGACGGCCCCCUGCCCGGCUCGGGCCCAGCAGGCCCAGCGGGGCCCUGUGGACGCCCACCUGGUGCCCCUGGAGGAGGCAGUGCCCUCUCACUGGACAGUGGUGCCGGAGCAGGACUUCGUGCUGGUGCUGGCACUGCUGCACUCACACCUGGGCAGUGAGAUGUUCGCCGCACCCAUGGGCCGCUGUGCGGCCGGCGCUAUGCAUUUGUUCUACGUGCGGGCAGGUGUGUCUCGGGCCACGCUGCUGCGCCUCUUCCUGGCCAUGGAGAAAGGCAGGCACAUGGAGUGCGACUGUCCCCACUUGGUGUAUGUGCCCGUGGUGGCUUUCCGCCUGGAACCCAGGGACAGGAAGGGUGUGUUUGCUGUGGAUGGGGAACUGAUGAUCAGCGAGGCUGUGCAGGGCCAGGUGCACCCAAACUACUUCUGGAUGGUCAGUGGCUGCAGAAAGUCCCCACCCUCUCUGGAGCCACAGGCCUCACCCAGCCGGAGGCCACCUCCAGCGGAGCACUUAUGACUCCGCGGGCCUUGCCGUGUCUUAGUCCGUCUACUUGGUUUACUCUGAGCUUAGGUUCCUCCCCCCGCCCCCCGCCAAGGACCGGAGGGACUGUCCACAGCUCACGUGGAGGGUCAGGAGGAGGAGGAAGACUCCCGGAGAAGGCUGGGAAGGAUGGCUCUGCCCACCGAAGGCCAGGAUGAGGUGCUGGGCUAGGAGCGUGGUAGCCGCCGUGUUUUGUUUUGGGAGCCCCACCCCCUGAAUCAAAUCCAAAUAAAGCGACAUUCCCAGCCUACUGGCCUUAUCCUAGGGGUUGGGGAGAGUGGGGUCUUGCUUCUUCCAGGGCUCUAGAAUUUAACAUGAUGCCCAACGGUCCCUCCUGGAUGGGGCAAUGCACGGUACUGGCCCCUGGGAAGUCAUUUUGGCGGUGGGCACAGGAUCAGAGCUGGUCCCGGCUCUCUUUUGUAGGGGUGAUGAUUAGGCCACAUCUGGCCUGGAGCCAACUGCCUCUUCGCACAAGCGGGAAGACUGAGGCUCAGAGCGAGCGUGUCUUAACCCGGGGCCACGCGGCCAGGGAAUCUCAGCGAAAAGAGAAAAUGUCUCCGAGUUAGGCGCACUGGGGAAAACUGGCAAGGAGCAACAGAAGUCAAGAUGGCAGGCAGCUGUCCCCUUUUUACAAGGAGUCCGUCAUCCCUCCAGGGAAGGAAUCUAGGACUCCUCAGCCUCCCCUGCCCUCCUCCAGCCCGUCCUUGUGGGCCGGUGGUGGGCAGGGGUUAAAAGGAAGCAGCAGGGCGGGGCAGAUGCUACCCGCUCACAGUGGGGAACCCUCUUGGCUUCAAGCCCAGGCCAGGUGCCGCCAAGUCAGCUCCCCCAGCAUCUGGAAGGAGCUGAACCGGUGCAACUGGUCAGUCACGGGCCCCUGGGGACCACAGCUACUGCUGACGCACUACUGAAAGGUGGCUCUUAGGGAACAGGACACGGGCCCUGCUCGGAGGCGAGAGCACCGACCCACUGAACUUCUAGACCCUCAUCUCCCAGCCCCCGUGAGUCCCCUGACGGG